GCCUCCAUUGACCUGAGGGCUUCUUCUGUCUCCUUGGAGAGGCCAUUGGUCAGGUCUCGGGAAGUCAUGGCUCGCCUCCCCAACCUGGUCAGCAAGAGUAGCACCCAGCUGGGGGAGCAGAGCUGCACAGGCGAGGGCGAAGACAACACCAAGCUCCUCGGGUUGCCUAAUAUUGGCAACACCUGCUUCAUGAACUCUGCUCUGCAGUGCCUGCUGGGGCUGCCAGCAUUUUGCAGAGACAUCCUGAGACAGCAGAACAUCUGGAGUUCCUCCCCCUCCUCUAAACUGCUAUGCUGCUUUGCCAAGUUACAUCAGGCCAGGCUUUCUGGAGGCACUGUUAAUGCUAAGAACAAGGAAAAUAAGAAAAUCCUUCAAACAGUCAAGCGCUGUCUCUCCAUUGUCAAUGAGGACUAUGAGGAAGACUAUGAACAGGAUGCCCAUGAAUGUGUGUUGCUCCUCCUCUUUCAGCUGAAGGAGGAGGGUAUGGCAUUAAAGGGCUCACCAGAGCCAUACACCUGCCCCGUGAAGCAGUUAGAAUUCAAGCUGAAGACUUCCCGUACCUGCACCAGCCAUCUGCGUUAGAGUGUGCAUGCAGGGUGUGCUCAGGCAGCAUGGCAUCUGUGACUAGGCACUUCCUCACGCUGCCCCGGUGAGUCCCCCCAUCAUCAUCUCAGAUUACAAUUGACAGUCCUGAUCUAACUCACCAAACUGGGUUAUU